AUGGUGAAUCAAAUUUUACAAUCCGUUUUGGCCGCCAUAGCCAGCUUCGCGGUCAUCACUCUCAUCUUCUCCUUCGUCUACUUGAUCUGUCGGACCACCAGAAAACACCGGCCGGACAUCGAAUCCCGAAACCGAACCAGAGCCGUCCGUACAGUUCCCGAUAUGGCUACUUCAACGUCCUUCGUCAGCGUCGCCGAGAGCCAGCUUUUUGACCCGACGUUGACCCAGAUCGACAUGUCGGACCUGGUAAAAGGGACUCGAAAUUUUUCGCCGGAUCUGAUCGUCGGCGACGGCAGCUUCGGCUUGGUUUACAAAGCCAACCUCCCAACCGGCGUCACCGUCGCCGUUAAAAAGCUCGGCGCCGACGCCUUCCAAGGCUACCGGGAGUUUCUAGCUGAGAUGGAGACGCUUGGAAAGAUCCGACACGAAAAUAUCGUCCAGUUUUUCGGGUAUUGCGCAACGGGUACGGAUCGGAUCCUUAUUUAUGAGUUUAUAGAAAAAGGGAGCCUCGACCAAUGGCUUUUCGACACGUCACCUGAGAAUGACACGUCAUCAUUAUCUUGGAAGACUAGAGUCAAAAUUAUCAGAGGAGUAGCAAAAGGGCUACAAUUCAUGCACAAUUUGGAAACACCAAUAAUUCAUAGAGAUAUUAAGGCUAGCAAUGUGUUACUUGAUUCGAACUUCGAGGCACAUGUUGCCGAUUUCGGAUUGGCUCGAAGGGUUGACGGUGCACAUUCACAUGUUUCGACUCAGGUGGCUGGGACCAUGGGGUAUAUGCCACCGGAGUAUUUUUACGGAGCACCUUCUGCUACUGUUAUGGGAGAUGUGUACAGUUUUGGGACACUUAUGUUUGAGGUUGCGACUUGUAAACGUCCGAAUUUGCCGAUAAAAGAGGACGAGAAGGAGAUGCGGCUCGUUGAAUGGGCUACGAGAAUGGUGUCUCAAAAUCGAGAAAUGGAAAUGGUUGAUGUUGGCAUACCGAGAGAAGAACUGAAAGAUGCAGAGGUUGUGGAGUUCUUCAAGAUCGCUACGUUUUGUACCACUGAGUCUCAUAAAUUACGCCCGAAUAUGAACGAAGUCGUCGAAUUGUUGGAUCGGCUUCAAGACGAAGCUACAAAUCAGUGAAUUCUAAUAAUCUUUUAUUUGGGUUUUUUAGAUUUUGAAGAAUUCUUAGUAGUAUUUUUUGCUUUUUCUUUGAGAUUUUAUCGGUUUAUUCAUGAAAAUGAUGUAUGUAUCAUAUAUUGUAAAGAAUAAGGGGUCAUUUACCUAAAUGUUUAUCUGGUAAACGCUUACCAUUAGGCAUCAACACUGUAAUUUAUUCUACCGAAUAAGAUUGUAGUACAUC